AUGUCCAACCUACAAGAUCGUGAAGAACAGCUCCUACAAACGCGAAAGCAAAAGCUCGCGAAACUACGCGGAUAUAAGCAACAAAUUUCCGCAAAGCGUAAAGUGAUAAAGGCAGCGGAUAUUCCAGAGUCCGAUCGAAAGGAUUUACUCGAUAGCCUCACACUACGUGAGCGCCAAGUUGAUAAAUUAACUGCAAAGUUGGAAAGUAUUUUUCGCCUCUUCACGAAAAAACCUGUAAGUGCAGAAGAAAUCCUCAAGAUCGAACGGGAAUUAGAAGAGCUUGACAGCCACUUUAAUGCAAGUAUUGAAGUAUCUCUGGCCAAUCGUGACACCAACGCAGACGAAACAGGUCAUUCUGAGGGGGAAAAUGAUUUAUUUGUCACCGGAAGCUUAGACGGAUUCAACCCUCAUGGUAUCACCAAGUUGAACGAGAUUCUCAAAACAGAGAAUCAAGAACAUUUGUAUCGGAAUCUCAUCUUAAUACGCAUUUCGGCGGCUGGCAGCGUGCAGAGUCACGAAUACAGGCCAGAGUCGGAACAUUUUGAGCAGCCUGGGGGACUUUCGCCUCCUCCACAGAGAAUUUUCCAUGCUAUUUCGCAGUAUGAUCAAGUUGAUAGGUAUGUGUAG